CCCCGCCCCUCCUCCCAGAAGAGCUCGAGUAUCUCAGUCCGGUAGUUCAGUCCAUCCUCUACGUUGCUGCUUGGAGCACACACCUGACUGUCUCCUGCUUAAGAAGCUUCAGUGGCUCCUGCUUGUCCCUAACCGUCUAGUUCCAAUCUGUCUUUCAGUGCUUCCCCCUUGACACUUCCCUUGUCAAGUGCGCUACCUUCCUCAGAAGACCAUGCAGAGAGCCUCACGUCUAAAGCGAGAGUUGCAGAUGUUGGCCACAGAGCCACCCCCGGGCAUCACCUGCUGGCAGAACACAAACCAGAUGGAUGAUUUCCGAGCUCAGAUUUUGGGUGGGACCAACACACCGUAUGAAAAGGGUAUUUUCAAGCUGGAAGUCUCCAUUCCUGAGAGGUACCCAUUUGAACCUCCAAAGAUCCGCUUUUUGACUCCCAUCUAUCAUCCUAACAUUGACUCUGCAGGGAGGAUCUGCCUGGACGUCCUCAAAUUGCCACCAAAAGGAGCUUGGCGGCCAUCCCUGAACAUUUCCACUGUGUUGACUUCUAUCCAGCUGCUCAUGGCAGAACCCAACCCCGAUGACCCUCUCAUGGCCGACAUAUCCUCAGAGUUUAAGUACAACAAGCCAGCCUUCCUCAAGAACGCCAGAGAGUGGACGGAGAAGCAUGCUCGUCAGAGGCGAGAGGCUGAAGAGGAUGAGGAGGUGGAGAAUCUACCAGAACCCAGUAACCCCAAAUCUGCAGAAGCACCCCAGAAAAGAAAAGGCUCCAAGCUGGGGGGACUGGAGAAGAGACUUUGUCCUGAUGCUUAGGGAGCCUAUCAUGAGCCGUCGCAGUUGAUAGCAUUCCAUUUCUGUCAAGGGUUCUCAUUGUGCUGCGUCUUUUUGAAUGUUUUUCUUGGUAUUUGAAGAGAAUGGAACAGUUUUUCCCUUAUAGGCCUUGUAUAUUUAUGUAUACUACAAUAGAAUAAUUUUAUGAAUGUAAUUUGUUGUAUUUAUUUUGUAUAUAUGUAUUUUG